AUGAUGACAGCUCUCUAUCGAAGUACUCGACGUUCGACGUUGAGGAGGCUUAAAACGGUCCAAGAAGCAACUCGCAUCAGCUCGAUGCGGUGUCCGGCGAAGGAAUACUUUGAAAGCACGGCAACGGUUCCAGCAUUCCUACACAGGACGGUCAUGCAGGUGUUAAUUUUCCUAGUGGCAGAUAUUCUAGAGGCGGAACAACUCGAGGCGUUACGUGCUUACCUUGAUUGGUAUAGCUGCUGCAACAGCCCCCUACACACCGAGGGCAGCCUACGAGAGCUGGAGCAGAAAGCCCGCAGCCCUGCAGGCCCUCAACAUGGGGCAUGGAGGGAUUUCUUGAAUCCACCUCUGCCUCACGAGCUCCCACCAGCCCACAGGAGCGUGAGCUCCCCUCACCCUGCCGCCAACACCCCUCGCCAUAUCCCUUUGCAAUCCAGGUCUGCACCAUGGAAGGAAAGGUGUUUGUUGCAAUCCUCCCCUGUCGCACAAGCAACCAGCAGUACCAUGCAGCCAUAA